AUGGAGGCGGACAAGGAGAACUGCCCACCCGAGCUCCCCCGGGGGCCAACCAAGAUUCCCACACAGUCAACGUCUGCCACAUCGGCGAGACCUGCGCUGCAAUCCGUCGCCGUUCCCGCGCUGGCGUUUCCUGCCGAAGAUCCGGACGAGGACCGCGACGUGCUCGCGCCCGAUGGCAAGACGCUGCGUGCCAAACGCUCCGUUCUCUUCUACCCCUCGGCGAGCGUCGCGGCCAAGUUCAACCAACAGCCGUUCUCACGCAGCGCGGCGAAGCGCGACUCGAUCCUUGCGCUCGGCAGCAUCGGCUACCUCCAGCAUUUGUACACGAAACAGGGCAUCGCCAACCGCAGUCGACCCGCUACCAAGGGCGCAAUGCAGCUCGCCAUCGGCCCCGCAGGCGAGGCGAUGCUAGGAAGCGACCCUGUCACCUCGUCGCCAAGCCCUACCACUUCACUCCGAGGCCUGCCAGGACAGAUAAAGGAAGAAGAUGAAUUCGAGCUUCCGGAUCUGCCUCCAAGUCCCAAGGCGGCGGCGUAUGUGCGCCCGCGCUUCCUGGACGUAGCAAGACCACUAGAGGCCGAUACCAACGCGUUACGGGCGCUGCUCGUCGCUGAUCUUCAGAGAUUGAGCGACGUCUGGCAGCUUGCAGACUGGAUCCAGGCGGAUCCCGAUGCCGAGACUCUUCGAAGCCUCUUGGCGGACAGCGAGGACCAGCGGCAAGGCACGAACGAUACUGCCGAUGUGCUCAGGCUGGUCGAUGCGACGACGAAAGCGAUUCGGUCGGUACGGAGUUACUUGUUCGCUCUGCCACAGCAGUCCAAGAUCCCCACCACCUCUCCCAUGGAGCCGAGCGGAAAGGACCGCUACAAGCGCCAGAGUAGCUUCAGCGGUGUGUCGCGGCCGGGCCAGGUGGGCACGGCAGUCCCCGCACGCACCAGCGAGAUCCUGCAUGCCGAUGUAUCGCUGGAAGAGCCACCAGCGCAGUCGAGUGCGCUGGCGGUACCGUUCAUCACGAUGCCUCUGGCAAGGCGGCUGUCAACAGAGAGAGCGGCCGAAGACGAUGACCUGAGCACACUGCGCAAAGCAGCGCUCGAGAUGCUCGCGGCACUCAAGGAGAUGGAGGAGACCCAUCGCGUCGAAGCGCUAGAAGCGGACGGCGGAUCGCAUGAGCAAGACGUGUCGUUGAGCGCGACCGACGCAAGCGAUGAUUUGACAGAGGCCACCACGACACCCGUCGGAUACCUGUAUCGCCAAGAUCUCAAGCUGACGGAUCUGGUGCAGGAGAAGCAAGCCAUUGAACGCUAUCUCAAAACGGCCAAUGCUGUCUUGUCGGCAUCUGUGUCUGGUCACGAGAAGCAGAGCAGCGCAGUUUCACAAGGGCAAGAACAUGAAUCCCACUCAGCUGCGGCUCAGACCGCUGCAAAUCCCCAUGCGGCCGAAGCAAGCUCGAUCGCCGCCGACGCACGCGGUGCAUGGACAGCAUCUGGGCUCGGCACUGGCGAGCGAGUCUGGCACUUUCUGAUGGACCACUGCGCAUCGUGUGAAGUUGUCCCCGCUGCUCGCCUUCAACGUCUCCGCGAUACAUCUGGCGACCUCGACGCGCUCCUCGCACUUGUCAGCGAUGGCUUCCUCCUGUGUCAGGCGUUCAACGAGGUAGUCCGAAGGUCUGCCAAGCCGUGGGGCUACAUUUCCUCGCGAGAGAUGCAUGAUCUCGAAGCCGAAGAAGCCGCACUCUUGCACAAGGAAGCGCAGCGUCUCCGACAAGCUCAGCAAGGAGAAGCGCCCACCUUCCAGACUCGGUCCGCGCGAGCCAAUGAUAUCACAGAAAGCGAGAACGGUGGAGUCGGGGAGAUAGGGAAGGCAACUCAGUCGAGUCGACCGGGAUGGACGUUCCGACGGACGGAGAACCUGCGCGUGUGGGCCGCAGCUCUUCGGCUUCGACAUGGCAUCCAGACCACGGCCACACGCGCCGUAGCCAAACCCGCCGCACCGGGCCCAACGUACGGCAGCCUGGGUAUGGGUAAGCUCGCGCUGCAUGGCAGGAGAGUCGCUUCCGAGUCCACGGCCUAUGCGGAUACUCGGACGCACCAGCUAUCCGCACGAACGAUCGAUUUCGACCCGGCAAAGGUCGCAAGACGAGACACUGGAUGGCAGCCAAUGCUCACAACUCUCCUCGAGACUUGGAUCGCAGCCGUAGCAGAUGAAUCCAACUUUACAUCCUGA